AUGCCACCCAAGCGCAAACAAAAAGAGGUUGAAGACAUCUCUGACUCGGAGCCAUACACAGAGGCAGAGCCUGAAAUCGAGAUAGGGAGAGAGGACACAGUUAAGUUGAUACAGAGAAUCGAAACGCUCGCGAACAAGCGCAACACCAGACGCAAGGCAAUCAAGGCCGAGUUCGACAAGUAUAUCGACGAGAUGAAAGAAGCGAUAGAGAAACAUCACGCUUCCAAGGCAGAGAAAAGAUCCAACGAGAUCAAAGCCCUCCUAACCCGUCGUGCCCAAGCCCUCGAAAAGCGAGCCGCCAUCGAACGCGACAUCGCGAAGCUCAUACAGGAAACCCGCGAGAACACAGAGGAUCUCAUGGUCGUCCUUGAGGCAGCUUACGAGGGAGGAUGUCAGAAAGCCAACGAUGCAACAGGGUCCUUCGCAUCUCUAGUGACAACAAAAACCGCAGCGCCUGUGCCUGCGCCUAUCACGCCCCCUAGCCCCAUGAAGACACGGCUGUACGAUAUACUAGGCGAGGCUAAGAUAGAUAGAGGUGAGAAGGGAGGUCAUGGUCAAAGCGAUGACCCCGCCAAAGAUGCUGAGCAUCAAGACAAACGUCUCAGCAAAGCGGAUUUCUUCGAGAAUAUUGCGUGGUGA